UAGCAACCCAGUAUUUCGCGUGCCGUUCCACAAAAAUUACACUAAAUAUAAUUUUCAAUGUUAAGCUUACCAAAUCAAUAAAGGAAUAAUUCGGGUGGAUCACGCGAUGGAGACCAAGAAAAAGGUCACCGAGUUAAAGAAGGACGAAAGUUCGAGCGGAUCCAGCAGCGUACCCGAAGAUGAAGACGACGACAUGCAAAUCGGCAAGGGAGUGGGCAAGGCAGCCAUCGCUGUGAACCGCGAAGAGUACAUGCUGGCUCAUAGGGACCUCUCAAACGAAUACAUGCAGGCCCAACUGAAGAAUAGUCUGUUGCAUCGUCGGUUGGGGGAGUACUACAAGAAACGAAAACAAGGCCACGUUCUGAAACAACCACUAGAGGGUGUUGCCGAACAGGAGGAGAAGUACCAACAAAAACUGCUCGUCUACGAACAGGUCAAGAACGAAGACGAAAGAGAAAUAGCUGAUAUUAAAACGAAAGUGAACUUGGUGCAAAAACAAUACGAAGAGAGACUUAACUACGCAGAGAGCAAGUUUGACGGACUGCAAGCUCUCGAGAAAAGUACAGGCACUGGCCUCAUAUACUCUAAGAAGGGGAAGCCUAUUGCGGAUAAGACUUUGAUGCGCUUCUUGACUCUGCAACGUCGGAAGGCGGAGCAGACGGCCGCGCUCCGUCUACGCUACAUCAGAGCGAGGAACGCAGUAUCCGAGCUGGACGGCAUCAUAAGAAAGCUGGAGAAGCUGGGUCCAGGGUUAUAUGUGGCUCAGUACGAGCAACUGCAUUGCGACUUCGAGAACUAUAUGAACAAAAUAGAAGAACGGGAGGAUGAGCUCAUCAAGAACCGUAAUAACUGCACGGAGCACAACCAGAUCUUGGCGCAUAUCAGGGAGAAGAUGCAUCACACUGAUGAGGUGAUCGACAUCACGGAGUGCGACCUUGGGGAUGCAGAGAUUGAGUUCUUCAGAGCUCGAGAGGAUAUGAGUGUUAUCAAAAACCGGCGAGACAAGCUUCGCUGGUGUCUGGGAGCUGAGCGACUGAAGGCGGGCCUCCUCACCAGAAAAGACUUGUUGCGUGACUACCAAAACGCUAUUGAUGAGGUUGAAAGCAUGAGGGAAAAGAAAAAGCGCCUAGAAGAAUUAAUUAGCAAAACAACUAGAGAGGUAAGAUUAGCGCGCAAAAGAAUGCAGGCGCAUGCUGCAUAUGACAAUAGCAACAAUUCUGGACAUACGUUACUUGGCUGAUAUGGCUAUCAACAUUUUUUGUGUUAAAAAUUGAAAUAAUAAUGAUUAAUGACUACCUACUAUGUUUACAUGAACUAAAAUGUUGCUACGUAGGUAUUCUCUCUAUAUUCGCGUAGGUAGCUUCUUUGCUAAUCGAAAAGCGUUUCUACUCAAUGUAGUUCUACGUUUUUUCUUGAUAACAUACUACUAAUGGGAAAAAUGGGAUUAUGAGAUCAAAGACUAAACAGAUGUGAUCACGUAAAAUAAAAGUGAUGUCUGAAGAUGAAGUCAGAUAUUUUUCCAAUUCCAUACAAAAAAAUUACACUCUUUACGGAUUUCCAUCUUAUUAGAUUUCGUCGGCUUUCUUUAUUGUACGAUAUGCUUUUGUGUUUUUAUCUUUUGUUGUAUGUAAUAAUUGAUAAUAAUGGGGGUAAUUUUGGAUAGGUUUUUUUACUUGAUUUCAUAUAUUUAUUGUAUGUGCCUAUAUCUAAAAAAAUCUAAUUUUACCAUACUAAGGGUAUUAUUAAAAUAAAAGUGGUAAUA